AUGUUUUCCAGAGUCACACAACGUUUGGCCAAUCGUCGACUUUCCCUUCUGGCUUACGAUAGCACUUCGAUCACAGUGAAUAUCGAAGGUAAGGAUGUUUCUUUUGAUAACGUCUUCUUGAGAGAUUCUUGUACUUCCCCAGAUUCCGUGGAUAUCUCCACAAGCCAAAAGUCAUUCACCACGGCUGGUAUCUCCAGGGGCCUCAAUGUUUCGGAAAAGCCCUAUGUUAGUGAUAAGGAUGGAGAAAAGACGCUUUUUGUGAAAUGGCAGCAGGGAAGCAAUGCCCAUGAUUCAGCUUACACUGAGUCUUUCUUGAAGAAGGCUCUGACACUCAAGGGCCGAUUUGAAGGCAAGUUCUUUCCUGAAGAAAAGGUGCAUUGGAAAAACAAGGAUUUGGUUCCAAAAUUGGGCGAUCUCAAGGUCGACUACAAUGCAUACUUUGCCAAAGACGAGGUCUUCAAGAAAGUGGUGAACAACUUGAACAAAUACGGUCUUUCGUUUAUUGAGAAUGUGGAAGAUCCGCUCAAUGACCCAAAGCUCGAUGCCAUUAAGCCUGAGAACGAAGAUUUGUGGCCUGUGUCCAAAUUGGCACACCGCUUUGGUUACAUCAAGAAGACAUUCUAUGGGGUCCUUUUCGACGUGAAGAACGAGAAGAACGCAAAGAACAUCGCCAACACAAACGUCUUUCUCCCGUUGCAUAUGGACUUGCUCUACUACGAGUCUCCUCCUGGAUUGCAGCUUUUGCAUUUUAUUCAGAAUACCACCCUUGGUGGUGAAAACAUCUUUGCAGACUCAUUUGCAGCCGGCUACCAUAUCCGUGAUACUGAUCCAGCUGCCUACGAAGCAUUAAAAAAGGUUCCAUUUACCUAUCACUACAAUAAUAAUAACGAGUACUACUACUACUUGCGGCCGCUCAUUGUGGAGGAUCCAUUUGUGAAGAACUUCACCACUGGACAGCCUCAGAUCAAGGAGGUCAAUUACGCCCCACCUUUCCAAGGGCCAUUCGAGUUCCAUGUCACAACAUCCGAGGAUGCUGAACUCUGGCAGGAUUUCUUAAGAGGAAUAAGGCUCUUUGAGGAUUUCAUCAAUGAUCCUAAUAACACCUACGAGGUGAAACUGCCUGAAGGAAGCUGUGUGAUAUUUGACAAUCGUCGUGUUCUUCACUCAAGAAACCAAUUUUCUGACUCUAAUGGUGGCGAUCGCUGGUUGAUGGGCACAUACGUUGAUGGCGAUAGUUACCGCUCUAAACUCAGAAAACUCAAUCAGUCAUAG